ACUCACAAUGGGGUUGGGUCCAGAUAAACCCAUCGUCAGUUGAAAAUAUAAGUCGAAAAUGCAUUUAAUUCACCUGAUCUACCAACCAUUAUAGCUUAGCCUAGCCUACCUCAAAUGUGCUCAGAAUACUACAUUCGUCCACGGUUGGGCAAAAUCAUCUAACACGAAGCCUAUUUUAUAAUGAAGUGUUGAAUAUGUCAUGUGAUUUAUUGAAUACUGAGAGUAAAAAAAAAAAAAAAAAAAAAAAACCAGUAUGGUCGUAAGUGUAUUGGUAGUUUACACUCGGGAUCCAGGGGCUUACUGGGGGCUGAGACUCCCUGCCACUGCCCAGCAUCAGGAGGUAUCAUACAGUAUAUUGCUAGCCCAGGACAAAAUUCAAAGUACGGUUUCUACUGAAUGUCUAUCGCUUUUGCACCAUCAAAAAGAUUUAAAAAAUUGUAAGUCAAACCAUAACUAGGGACCGUCUGCAUUGACAUUUUGGGGGCCGGGGGAGCUGUCCAGCGUUUUGUCCUGGCCGCCACUCACGAGCUGCUGAUAGACCAUCUGCAUCCCCAAUCCCAGUCGUGACAGUCAAAAAUGUCGCCAGACCUUGCCACAUGACCUCCUAGGGGACAAAAUAAUCCCCCCAUUGAAAACCACGUUACUGGAGGAAGGCCGACCUGCUGCGGGUCCCAGGGGGUAUGAUAAUCACCCUCCCAGGUUCUGCCCUCCCGGCUUCUCCAAACACACAAUAUUCAAGCUGCGGAGCCUUCGGAGGCGGGGCUUAUGCAGAUGAGCGGCGUGUUUGGCUGGGAGGCGGGCGGUGCCUGCAUGUUGAUGAUCUGGGCCCGCUGCCGACGCUGCUGGGAGCCUAGCGGUCCCGCUGCGGUUUGGGCUGAGGUGGCAUUUCUCUUCCACCACCAGCCCUGGUCCCUAGGUCCCUAUCCUCCGAGGACCGCCCUCGACCUUUGCCCUCACCCAUUUCUCCCUCCUCCUCCCCGCGCCAGGGACCCCGUAUCCGAAUCUCUGCACUCGUGCCGCCCGCCGCGCUUCUCCCCUCCCGCCGCAAACCCCGCGACCUCCAGGAGCCGGUCCCCGCGGGCCCGAUCCUGCCUGGCGGCUUCCGCCGCAGCCUGCUCAGCAUUCUCGCUCUCCCAGGGCUCGCGCCACUGCACCCCCCCGCGGUCCGCGCCGGGGCUUCCCUGUUCCCAACUCCUCCCGCCCCCUCGAAGCCCCCUCCCCGCCCUGGCCAGUUGGCAUGCAGGUGUCUAUCGCGUGUACCGAGCAGAACCUUCGCAGCCGGAGCAGUGAGGACCGUCUGUGCGGACCCCGGCCGGGCCCCGGGGGCGGUAAUGGCGGGCCGGUCGGCGGGGGGCAUGGGAAUCCUCCGGGGGGAGGAGGGUCGGGCCCCAAGGCCCGGGCCGCACUGGUCCCCCGACCCCCAGCGCCCGCUGGGGCCCUCCGAGAGAGCACCGGCAGACGCACUGGCAUGAAAUACAGGAACCUAGGAAAGUCUGGUCUUCGGGUCUCCUGUCUUGGCCUAGGCACCUGGGUCACGUUUGGUUCUCAAAUCUCGGACAAGACAGCAGAGGACGUGCUGACAGUGGCCUAUGAGCACGGUGUAAACCUAUUUGACACGGCUGAAGUCUACGCAGCGGGGAAGGCUGAAAGAACCCUAGGCAACAUACUCAAGAGCAAAGGAUGGAGGAGAUCAAGCUAUGUCAUCACCACCAAGAUUUUUUGGGGAGGACAGGCAGAAACCGAGCGAGGCUUGAGCCGCAAACACAUCAUCGAGGGCUUGCAAGGAUCCCUGGAGCGCCUCCAGUUGGGAUACGUGGACAUCGUCUUCGCCAAUCGCUCAGACCCCAAUAGUCCCAUGGAGGGUAAAAGCAGCACCCCACCCCGGCCAUCCUUCAAAAUGGCAAAUCCUCAAACUCUCAGCAGGAAGCCGGCCCCUGCUCGCGAGGCCUCCCAACCUCCACAGUGGAGGCUCAGAUCCCAGGUCUUGGACAGGGAGGGAGGUGAAGGGCAGAUACCAAUCUCUCUGAUUACACAGAGAUGCCCGGGGUUCUUGGUGGGGCAGGCCGAGAUCCACAGAUCUGGAGCCCUGGAUGUCCGGGGUCUGACAGGGAGGUUCUCUCUCUCUCCCGUGUGCCUAGAGAUUGUGCGAGCUAUGACCUAUGUCAUUAACCAGGGCCUGGCCCUCUACUGGGGGACAUCCCGGUGGGGAGCUGCAGAAAUCAUGGAGGCCUACUCCAUGGCCAGACAGUUCAAUCUGAUUCCUCCAGUGUGUGAGCAAGCCGAGCACCAUCUGUUUCAGAGAGAGAAGGGGGAGAUGCAGCUGCCAGAGCUCUACCACAAGAUUGGUUCGCAGCCCCCAUCCCUACCUUUCCCUUGGCCAAUCCGUCACCUAGAUUCCUAUCCCCACAUCCAAUCCUCUUGCCCUCAGGUGUUGGCUCAGUCACCUGGUCCCCUCUGGCCUGUGGCCUCAUCACUAGCAAGUAUGAUGGGCGAGUCCCAGAUACCUGCAGGGCCACCAUCAAGGGCUACCAGUGGCUCAAGGACAAAGUGCAGAGUGAGGCUGGCAGGAAGCAGCCACAAGCCAAAGUCAUGGACCUUCUUCCCAUGGCUCACCAGCUGGGCUGCACUGUGGCGCAGCUUGCUAUUGCGUGGUGUCUCCGCAGCGAGGGUGUCAGCUCGGUCUUGCUGGGGGUGUCGAGUGCAGCGCAGCUGCUGGAACACCUGGGAGCCCUGCAGGUGCUGAGCCAGCUGACGCCGCAGACGGUGAUGGAGAUAGACGGGCUUUUGGGGAACAAGCCGCCUUCCAAGAAAUAGUCCGUCGGGGGCGCAGGGACCCACACCCGGCCGGCCGCCCCCGCCUCCCUCCCGCCCCGGAUCCCUCCCCGCCGCGGCCGCAGCCGGCGAGGCCCCGCCCACUAACGAGUCCCGGCUUCGAGUAGCGACGCGCAUGAACAAAGCCAUGUAUCCUCCCGCAGUGGGGCUCGAGAGGGAAAGUAGUGCGCCGCCCCCCUCCGUGCGCUCCCCCGGGCCUUCGUGCUAAUCCCGGGCAUGAGCCACCGGGCCGGCCCCUCUCUGCCCCUUGGUCUCUCUUCCCCUAAUCGCCGAGGCCCAGAGGAAAGCAAAAAACCAGGGCAGAUACAGGAAGCAUGCACGUUACCUCAAAAGUGGCCCUUGAGAUGUCAUCAAGGGGUCAUAACCUAAUAAGAAGGGAGUAGUGACGUCAUCUGGGACAAAGGCACCGGGGCUUUUAUUCGGUACAAAGGAAGCCAGGCUGGUCCUGGCAGGAAGUAAAUGGUAGCCUUGGAGGACCCUGCCUCCCAGCAGAAGGUGGAGGGGCGCUUAAAUAAAAAAGUGUCAAUACUUUGUCCUUGCAAGGAAGGGGGUGGGGGGGCGCGGAGAACGCAGUGACACAGCACUGACGCGGGUAAAGGGAAGUAUGCUGGCAAAGCGGUUGGGGCGGCCUUGGGGAAAACUGGGCUGUGCUUUGCAGGACACGGUGACAGCCUUUAGGCCACGGUGGAGACCUGGGGCUGGACUGAAAAUGUCUGGGGAUAGACUUUUGAGCCUGGAGCAGGAUCUCCGACCUAGCAGUGGAGGGCUGCAGUCUUCCUCCUGGCAAUAAUCUUAAAGCAAUAAUGCCGGCCCCUCUUCUGUAAGACGUCUCCCAGGGAACUGUAAAUAAAAUCUCAGCUUGAUCCUCACUCCCGGUGUCUGAAAUUGCAGGGGUUGGGAGGGUAGGAGCUCAGUCUCAGAUACCUGGCCCUGGGUCUAGCUCCCUGCCAUUAGAAAGCUCCAGUGCUAGCUUUCUCUCCACUGACCAAGGCAUCGUGCUGCUAGUCACUGCCAGUCACCGCCCUCACUGAGGACCCAGGUCCCCGGAUACCCCAGUCCCCGGUUUUCUUCCUUCCUUCCGUCACCGCACCCCUCAGAGCCCAGAGAUCUGGCUUCAUGAUUUUGUUAUUCCUCCCUCUGACACUCUUGCCUUUGUUUUGCUUCAAGUUACAUUAGCCACACUUCUUGUUCCUUUACUUCUCAUUUCCCUUUUCCUGAUACCCACACGUAGACCAAAGCACUCUCUCGGUGGUUUUGUUGUGGCCGAGUGGGAGGGGCUGAUGCGAGGUUGAGGCGUUGGGAUUUGGGGAAGGAGAGGUAAGAUGAAAACUGGCCUAUGGUGGAGAUGAUGCGGGGGUUGGGGGGAGGGAAAGGAGUUAUCAUUAAGGAAAAAUGGAAGCAGAAAAGCAGACUCAAAUGUGAUUAUGUCGGAUAUGA